AUGGAGCCGGAGAAACCACUGGGAGUGAUAUCCCCCGACAAUCAGUCAGGUCUGAUUCUCAUUCUGACUGCGCUGAGUCUAUCUUUCGUCGUUGUCUCGUUCAUCAUCCGACUCUAUAUCCGAGUACCCCAACGACUGUGGAAGUGGGACGACAACACCUUGACAGCUGCGACAGUUCUGUCUUGUAUUCAGACCUCGCUCGUAUUCUACGAAGUACACAUAGGUCUGGGCGACAGGAAGGUCGUUGAAAGCAAUGACGAGGUCGGGAACCGAGUCAAAAAGUACUAUUAUGCCAACGAUUUCCUGUACCUUGCAGUCCUCGUCUUUUCCAAAGCCGCCGUGGGCUGUCUAUUUCUGCGAUUGACUCGCCAGCGAGCACAUAUAAGGGCGAUAUGGGCUAUUCUGGGCUCGUGUGCCGCUUGGUUCGUGCUUUCUAUUCUCCUGAUCAGUAUUGGGUCUUCUUGGACGAGAGCAUACAGUCUGCCGUUUGGCCGAUGGCUUGCAGUAGGCAUUACCGACGCGCUCACUGAGCUUUUUCUUGUCCUGAUGGCAGCGUUCCUGGUCCACGGCCUCCGCAUGAGCCGAGUGCAAAAAGGCACAGUCGUGUUCGCCUUCGGUCUCCGUCUUCUGGCGAUCCCAGCGCUCGCCAUCCGCCUCUACUACCUCAACCCCACGACACUAUCGGACAACCGCAGCCUCGCCCGCUCCCUAGUGGUGGUGUGCACGCAGAUCCAGCUCGGGUACGGAAUCAUGGCCGCCUCAGUGACGGUGCUGAAGCCGUUCAUGGUCGUCUACGAGAAACCCACGGGCUCCUCGAACUACACGGCCGGACGGAGCAAGCAGUACGGCGUCGGCACGAACAAUAGCGAACAUCUAUCGUUCAAAAUGAAGUCCCUCGCCCGCUCGACUGAGGUUGGAGACAACAAAAGACCCGCAGCGGGCGCGGAUCCCACGCAGCCAUAUAACUCGUACAACGUCACCGCGGCGGCAGCUGGCCAUGAAAAGGACGAUAGCAUUCACAGCCAGGACAGCAGGCGGUUGAUCAUUGAGCGCAAAACAGAUUGGUCCGUGAGAUAUGAAGAGGCAGAGAGCCAUAAGAGCAAUGUCAGCGAGGCGGGGGGUUCUGUCUGA